AUGGGUAUCAAGAUCAUCAUCGUAGGCGGCAGUGUCGCCGGCCUUUCUCUUGCCAACAUGCUUGAGAAGUUCGACAUCGACUACACAAUUCUCGAAGCGUAUUCGCAGAUUGCUCCCCAAGUCGGAGCCAGCAUCGGCUUGCUUCCCAACGGCCUGCGCAUUCUGGACCAAUUGGGCUGCUACGAGCGACUCCGAGAGGCUGCUGGAAACUACUACCACAGAGUGGUCUUUCGCGAUGCUAAGGGGAAGCCCAUUUCCUCAAACUCCGGUCCGACCAUCUCUGAAAGGAUGGAGAAACAUGCCGGAUACGCAUCCUUGUGGGUGGACAGACAGAUGCUGCUGCAGAUUCUGUAUGACAACUUGAAGCAGAAGGACAAAGUCCUCACCAACAAGCGCGUCGUCCAUGUGAAAACCAGCUCUACUGGAGUUGAGGUGAAAACGGAAGAUGGAUCGACAUAUGCUGGCGACAUCUUGGUCGGCGGCGACGGAGUUCACAGCAAGGUACGGCAAGAGAUGUGGCGGAUAGCGAGUGUCUCUGAUCCAACCGCUUUUCCGCCCGAAGAGAGAUCGAUCGUACAAUCAAGCAUGAAGUGCAUCUUUGGAAUCUCCAAACAACCAGCAAACUUCCCACCUGGGGCCACUCAACAGUCCUCCUUCUUCCGAGGACAUCUGUACCUGGUCAUAUCCGCACCGGGCGGCCGAGUUUAUUGGUUCCUGUUUCAUGAAUUAUAUGGGACCAAGCAUGGAAAAGACAUCCCGAAGUUUUCCAAGGACGACGAACUGCUCCUCGCGACUCAAUAUCGAGGCGACCACAUCACGGAAGAUAUGACCUUCGGGGACCUCUACGACAACCGCAUCAAGUCUACAUUGGUCCCAUUAGAAGAGCACGUCUUCAGGAGGUGGCAUUAUCAGCGAAUUUUGAUCAUCGGAGAUGCGGCAACCAAGGUACUGCGACCCAUCCACAAUGAGCACAUGUACUUUGUCGUGGAAACACGCGCUGACAACGUCUUCCAGGUCCAUCCGAUUGCUGCCCAAGGAGGCAAUGGCGCGAUUGAAGCGGCAGCGAACCUUGUUAACGCCCUCACCCGCACCGAGAUUCCAUCCUCUCCAGAGCUGCAACUCGAGUUCAUCGAAAAGGCGCUCGGUGAAGUGUGCGCUAUUCGAUAUGAACGAGCCUCGAGCAUGAUGAAGAAGGGUCGUCGUGAUGGCUCAUUUCUUUGCCAACAGCCUCCGUUUUCAGGGAUCCUCAUUCACUACGUUUUGCCCUGGCUCGGGGACGACCUAUUUUUCAAAGAGGUUCUUAAGCAGUCUCUUGCUGGCCCACGUAUUGAAAAGCUCCCCGCACCGGAGAGACCUCAUACGACACCCUAUAAUGACGAGCUGCCUCAGACUUCUGCCGGAUCUUUUUGGUUCGGUUGGACGACCGGGACGCUCGCAGUAGUCACGCUUGGCAUGGUCGUGCACCUCGUCCAGAGUACUGGACGGUUGGCAUGGAUGGCGAGGAGCCGCUGA